CGAGGAAGAAAUUAAUUCGUGAAGUGUAUAUGUACACCUACCCAUCCCCUAAAAGUGUAUUCUACAAAGAACCUUCUGGAAUAUUCGAGAAAGUUACCGCAUAGUAUAAAGACCACCACGUUCACGAAAGCGACGCAGACCGAUAAAGUGUUUGAAGUGAAAGGACCGAGUCCUCGCUGAAAUAAUGGGGAAAGACUUCUACAAAAUCCUAGGGGUCUCAAAAACAGCUACGAACGAUGAAAUCAAGAAAGCUUACCGAAAACUCGCUUUAAAAUGGCACCCGGAUAAGAACAAGAGCCCAGGAGCAGAGGACAAAUUCAAAGAAAUUUCCGAAGCAUACGAUGUCCUCAGUAACAAGGAAAAAAGAGAAAUCUUCGACAAGUACGGAGAAGAAGGACUACAUGGUGUUCCUAAUGGUGGAACUGACAGCAACAUGCAUUUUCAAGGCGGACCAGGUUUCGAACGAACAUUCGUCUUCACGAAUGGAAAUGCACGCGAAACUUUUGCUCGAGCGUUUGGAAAUGACGACGAAUUUGCGGACCUUAUUGGCGGUCUAGGGGGAUUUAGCUUCUUCAGUGAUAGAAAGGCAGGCCCGACAUUUAACGGUAUGGGAAAUUUCAUGUUCGACACCGAUGGCAUUGCGCCUCAAACGAAGAAACAAAAAAUUCAAGAUCCCACGAUCGAGAAAGAUCUAUUGGUGAGUCUGGAGGAACUUUUGAAUGGCUGCACGAAAAAGAUGAAGAUAUCACGGAAAGUUCUAGACGAUCGUGGCUUUUUCAGCACGGAAGAGAAAAUAUUGACAGUGAAUGUCAAGCCCGGAUGGAAGGCAGGAACCAAAAUCACUUUUCCCAAAGAGGGUGAUCGUAAACCUGGUAUCGUCCCUGCUGAUGUGGUUUUCAUAGUCAAAGACAAACCGCAUGCUAAGUUUGCAAGGGACAGCAACAAUAACAUAAUCUACGCAGCAGACAUCUCUCUUAGAGAUGCCCUGACCGGUGGACUAACCGAGGUUCCUACAAUUGAUGGUCGAAAGAUAAAAAUGAGGUUAAGUGGCAUCGUAAAUCCUGAUUCUUCACAACGAAUUCAGGGUGAAGGUCUCCCACUGCCUAAAAAUCCCUCGAAGAGGGGUGACUUGAUCGUCAAGUACAACAUCCGAUUUCCAGAUCAGCUAUCCUCAGUUCAGAGAGACAUUUUAUUGGAUACAUUACCAAGAUGAUGUUGAAACAAAACAAAAAAACUUCGAAUUCGUGUGAUGCUGUAAAUAGUUACCGUUUGUUCAAUGAUAUGAUGUAUAAUGAAUUAAUAAUAUAAUAUUUUUGAUCAGGGCCAUUUUUUCUCUUGUCGUUACUCUUGAUUUAAAUUUGCAAGGCUCGGUAUCUUAAGAUAUUUUAAGAAUAUUAUUUUGGACUUAGCUAUUAAUAGAAAGUAUGGUGGAUAUAGACAUGUUUUUUUCAGCUCCUUAAGUUGAUAUUGAAAAAAAAAAAAGUUCUAGAUAUUGAAAAAAAAUACUGUAGAUAUUGAAAAAGAUUUCCAGAAUAAUAUAUAGAACAAAUCCUUUCACUGUCUCAAUUUUUUUUAAACUAUUUUCAUACGGUAUUUAUUCAAGGUACUCUGUGCCAGUGGCAUGUGCAGUUGUUAGUGUUUUUCAAAUAAACCUGGUCAUGUGA